AAGAUUGUUGAACGUUUGUCAAAAACAAAUUCGAACAACACACUCCGAGCAGCCAUUUUAACAGGACCGAUCACAGAAGACACAUCGGAUAUGCACUGUCUAUUUGUUGUACGUCUAGAGUCUACACAGUCAAACUACCUUCAAAGAGCGUGUAGAGGAACGAGUUCAUCUUGUAGCAGAACAGACAGCAUCACAAGAUGGAUUCUGAGAUUUUGAAUGUAGAGGAGAUAGUGAUGGGACGGGGAUUGCCUGAUCCACCUCCACAAGCUCCCCCCGAAAAGCCAGCAGAGCCGUACAAACCCCUCAUUCUGAAUGGACCUCCGACAACCACUGUUCAACCCUACCAGCAUGAGAACCUGCAGUGUUUCCAGUGCUUCAUCACAUUCUGCAACGCCAAAGCAAAGGAGAGGCACAUGAAGAAGAGCCACCGGGAAGAGUACAAACAACAGCUUCAGCAGGGAAACACGCUGUUUACAUGCUACGUGUGUGAUCGCACAUUUCAUUCAUCAGAGGAACUAACACAGCACCAGCCGACACACAGCAAGGACGACAAGCCCUUUAAAUGUGUUCACUGCAAGGAGAGCUUCAAAACGUUUUCUGAGCUCACAACCCACAGGAGACAGGUAUGUCCAGAGAGACAGCUGGUGUGUAAAGAUUGCAAUGCAGUCUUCCGUAGUCCGGGACUGCUGCGGGCUCAUCGCCUCACCCAGCAUUCGCGCCCAGAAGACACCGUGGGACAGGUGGAGGAAGUUCCAAAAACCCAUCACUGUAAGAAGUGCGGGCAGGGGUUUGAGGCUGUAGCAGAGCUGCUGGAGCACCAGGAGAAUUACCCGGAUGGGCAGCAGUGCAACGGCAGCACUUCGCCAGUCAAGAAGCGUGGGCGACCUGCUAAAGCCGAGGAGCCAGCAGCAGGAGAUAAGAAGGGGAAACGGAAAAAGGAUGAGGCAGAAGAAACCGUGACUGCUAGCAGCGCGUCAGAGUCAGCAGCAACUCCAGCGGAGGAAAAGGGGAAAGCAACUGGAGUAGCAAAGCGCGGCCGUCCUCCUAAAGCAGCCCCCAAAUCAGAAACUGAUGAGACAAAGAGUGCAGAGGACGAUGCUGCAGGUCAAGGGAAAGAGAAGAAACCUAAAGCAGAGGCCACUCCUCCUCGUCAGCACCCCUGUCCCGACUGUGACCUCACGUUUCCCGGCUUGGUUCAGCUCCGUGCUCACAAGAAGGAGAAACACACCCCACGGAAAGCCCAUCCCUGUGAGGAAUGUGAAGAGAGCUUCGCUCGUCCUGAGCAGCUGGAUGCCCACAUGUCUCGCGCUCACGCCACCGGUCGCUUCUCCUGUCCGACCUGUGGGAAGAGCUUUGGCCGUGAGCGCACCUUGAAAGCUCACCAGAAAGGUCACCCGGAGGAAAAACCAGAAAAUGCAAAAAGAUAAUUAGGAUGUGAGGACACUGCAGAAAGUUUGAGCUUUUUAAUAUUUUUAAUCACAAGUUUUUCCUUUUGUUUUUCUUUUAACGUUGGAAGAUUUCUCAGUCAAAUGAUGUUCCAGACACUUCUGAAAAUCGAAUUUUAGCAGGUAGUCGAGUUUAAAGCCAAGUUUGAUCAUGAGAACACAUUUUGAACAAAGACUGUCAAUCCCUUCAAUUACAAGACGUAGAUUAUUUGUAAAAACGGUCUUGAUUCAAAUUUUUUUUUUAAUGUUUUGAGUUUUUAGUGUGAAUUAUGUGUGAUUAUAUUAUUUGGUGUUUUGAGUUGAUUCGCUAUCUUUGUGGUUUCAUUUAGUCCUGUAACAGAUUGGACACGAACACACUGAACAAACUAGAUGCCUUGUAGAGAUACUAUGUUGAAAUAUUUAGGCUGUUUGUCAAAAGAAACGUGUUAUGUACAGUUUCUGUUCUACAAUUAAUACCAUCAUUUUAUCUUACUUUCUAAAUUAAAUUUCAACAAGAAAGUUUUUAGUUCUGCUUAGUGAAAUGUAAAAAAAAAAUGUAUUUGGGCCAAAUACUCCAGAUUUAAUGUGGAGGAGUUGGCUUGUGGGCAGAAAAUAUCCACAAUAAUUCAGAAUUUUUUUUUUCUUUGCUAAAAAUUACUUCUUUAUUUUUGUAUUUCUGUUCAGGUCAUAUUUGACAUUUUAGCAUUUCUAUAAAGACUCUUUAAAGCAUCGGAGUUCCUUUAGAAACUAUAAUAUGUAUUCCACUUCCUAGAUUGUUUCUCUUCCCACUGCGGACAUGUAAUAAAUCAUGCCUUCCUUGAGGAGGCUGCUGAACAAA